ACAAUAGAANAAAAAAUCUAACAGGAAAUGGCGGGCGUAGUUUAUAUCGAUGGGAAAAAGGAGAAUCCAAUGGUGGAAUUGCGCGAGGAGCCGAGCAUCGACACAGACAAAUUGAGCUACGAGAUUUUCUCCAUCUUGGAGAGCAAGUUCCUCUUCGGCUACGAUGACCGCAAGCUUUGGGUCCCCAAGCAAAUCACCGCCGCCCCCACCUCCAACGGCGGCGUUCAGGAGUUGAAGAAUCAGAGGGGAAAAAUAUGCAUACUCAGCGUGGACGGCGGUGGGAUGCGGAGCAUCCUAUCUGGCAAAACGCUGUCGUAUCUGGAAACCGCCCUGAGGAACAAAUCUGGAGACCCGGACGCCCGAAUCGCCGACUACUUCGACGUCGCCGCCGGUAGCGGAGUCGGCGGGGUGUUCACGGCGAUGCUCUUCGCAUCGGGCGACCGGAGCCGCCCGAUUUUCCACGCGGACGACACGUGGCGCCUCCUCGCGACUGAUGGCGAGAAAUUCUGCGGAGCCACGAGGAAGCGCGGAGGGUUCCUCAAGCGUGUCCUGAAGAAAACCGGCGGCAGCGAGGCCGGUCUGGAAAAGGUGAUGAGAGGGGCGUUCAAGGACGGGCGAACGGGUCGGAUCCUGACCCUGAAGGACACGCUGAAGCCAGUCCUCAUCCCCUGCUACGAUCUGUCCAGUUCUGCGCCGUUUCUGUUCUCGCGGGCGGACGCGCUCGAGUCCGACAGCUACGAUUUCAACCUUUGGGAGGUGUGCCUGGCCACGUCGGCCGAGCCAGGCGUGUUUGGGCCGGUCUGCUUGAGGUCCGUGGACGGGUCGACCCGGUGCGUGGGGGUGGACGGGCGGAUAGCCAUGAGCAACCCGGCGGCGGCUGCCAUAACCCACGUGCUGCACAACAAGCAGGAAUUCCCGUUUGUGAGAGGGGUUGAGGACAUUUUGGUCCUUUCGGUAGGGACUGGGGCUGGGCAGCUGUUGGAAGGCAGCUUUGAGUACGAGCAGAUCAGGAGAUGGACUGCUAAGGACUGGGCUCGCCCUCUGGCUCGGAUCUCUGGGGACGGCUCGGCUGAGCUGGUUGACCACGCUGUGGCUAUGGCUUUCGGUCACAGCCGAAGCAGUAAUUAUGUCCGGAUUCAGGCAAAUGGGUUCAGUUUCGGGCAGUGUGGGACUAACAUCGACUCGAACCCUAGCCCGAGCAACGUGAAAAUGUUAGUGGAGAUAGCAGACGAUAUGCUGAAACAAAAGAAUGUAGAGUCGGUCCUUUUUGGCGGGAAGAAAAUUGGAGAGCAAAGCAACUUGGAAAAGCUCGACUGGUUUGCCGAGCAGCUUGUGGUGGAGCAUCAGAGGCGGAGUUGCCGCAUAGCUCCCACUGUUGCCUUCAAACGAGCUGGACCAAAGCCAGCUUCUUAAAGACAAACUCAGAGUGUACAUAAAUUAUAUGAUUCAGUCCUUUAAGUUGUCCGAAAUCUCGAAUUGCUCGUAAGAUCAUGAGUGAGGUCCAUGUAAAUGGAAAAAAGAGAGGAAAGAAGAAAUGGUACCAUUUUUUGGCAGUUGACCUAAUUUCAGUUCUUCAAGCUAGAUAUCAGGGAAUACUGAAUUUUCUCACAACAGUUGGAAAUAUCCAUUGGACAGUAUUAUUGGGGACUAUUGUAUUGUCAAUGUACAUUAUCUUAUACUUUUAUCAACUAGGCCCCAUACUAACUCAUAAUUGGUUUGGUGCCUUAUGGUUUUGUUUAAGACUAAUCACCAAAAGAUGAUAUAUUUAUCUUGUCACUUUCUAAGGAUUUUAGCAAAUAAUAAAGGUGACAACAACCUUUUGGUUGUUUGCCGUUGCAUUUUUAUAUGAAUUCUACUCUUUGAGAGAUGAAAAUUUCAAUUUUCAACCUCACAAGAUGAUGUGGC